AUGGUUGAAUCAUUAGAGCAGUUGGAUCCCAACUGUGUAAUAGUGUUUCAAAAUACCGAACAAAAUGUCACGCAAUUGGUUAGCGAACUGAACUUGAAAGGCAUGCCUGUUGUCACUAGACCCGGCAGCGAUAAGACCUCUUUAUUUGCGUUCACCAGGAUUGAUCCUACCAGAUACGAGGAUAUACACAGCUGCUUCCACAAUUUGAAAGCUACUAUACCUUCUAUUAUCAAUAUCUUCCCGAUCUAUGACAACGAAACAACCAAGAGAGUUGAUACCCUAUACAAGAAAAACGUGAAAGGCCAAUACCUUUCACUACCUAUGGAUGCAGACUUAAUUGAACUGUUCAAUCUAACAGGAGAUGCUGAACAGGCGCUGUACUUUUCAUUUUUUAGACAUUAUAUUAAAUGGCUGCUACCAAUGGCUUUCUUUGGACUCUUCGUUCGCUACACUAGCGGUAACAAUCCAUGGGAAUUUAACCCAUACUACUCUGGUGCCUUGCUCAUCUGGUCCAUCACUUUUAGUGCUUUUUGGAUCUUUAAAAAGAAACCUUACUAUAACAAGAUAUUCAUCAAAUCUCAGACCUUUAGCACUUUAUUCUCAAAACAAAGUACAAACUUUGAGACCCCAUCGAACUUACUCCUAAAGAAGAUAGCCUUUGCCCCAAUUGCUGUAGUCUUUGCAUUAACAUUAAUUACCUGCCAAUUGACCUGCUUUGCAAUUGAAAUCUUCUUCACUCAGUUAUAUGCUGGUCCAUUGGCUUCAGUGACUUCGUUGAUUCCAACCGUUCUACUUGCUGUACUAACAAACAUCAUAAAUAUGCUAUACAACAAGUUCUUCGUCGAGAGAUUCAUUGCAUGGGAAAAUGGUCCUAACCCAAAGAGAUCCAAAAUGGAAAAAAAUUUUGUACUAUUGUUCUUCGUGAAUUACACACCUUUGUUAAUUACUUUAUUCUUAUAUCUACCUUUCGGUUACAAGUUCAACUCUACUAUCAAGACCAGCGUUGUGUCAUGGGCUAACAGUCACCAUUUACAAACUAGAAAUGAUGACUUCAAGAUUAACACCACUAGGUACAAAAACCAAAUAUUUUACUUUAUGGUGACAAACCAAAUUGUUGCCUUCGCUCUAGACAACAUUGUACCAACAAUUAUUGGUAAGGUUAUGCCAAUUGUGCAAUCAAAAGUCGCCGAAAAGAAUGAAAAGAGAUCUUCUAUUGCCAAUAUUGAUAUAGUAAGAGAAGAGUAUCCAGCUGAAUUGAAAAGAUGGAAAAAGGUGGGAUCUUACAGUACUGGCCCAUGGGGUGAAUUCGACGUGGAUGAAAAUUAUAGGAAAGUUAUUAUUCAGUUUGGUUUUGUUGCCAUGUUUUCUGUCCUGUGGCCAUUGGCACCUUCGCUUUCUGUGUUUUUUAAUGUGCUAACUUACAAAGCUGAUAUGUGGAGGGCUCUGAAAAAAUGUAAACCAAAAUACCUGCCAAUCUUAAGUGAAUAUUUGGAAGAAGAAGAAGAUGCAGAAAAAGAGCUAUCGACUGAUUCUUGGAAUGUGCUAUUAGAAAUCAUCACAUGGUUGAGUGUGAUAGUAGGUCCAACCAUAACUUACAUGUACAUAAAUUGCAAUAUCCCCGGUGUUGGUAAAGAAACUGUACUAGAGAAACGUGAUUUAUGGUAUGCAAGUUCGCCAUUUUCUUUUUCAUGGACAUCUUUGCUGUUGUUCUCGAUUUUUAUUGAGCAUGUAUCCAUUGUAGGAUACAUUUUUAUCUCGUCUUUCUUGCAAUCGACUGAAGCACCCCAUUUUAGAGGAUUUGUUCCUCCUGCAAAAAGUCCUAGAGAGGUAAAGACCAUGCAUAAAGGAAGUAUCGACUUAUCUGAAGUUAUUGAACAAACAAAAACUUUCAAAGCUAUGGCCGAUGUCACACCUGAACCAAAUGAAUCACUACCCGUCCCAAAUGUCACUGAUGUAUUCCAAAGCAAGAAUUCCGACGCAAAAGACAAAUCAGUGUCACCGGGCGUUACUGAUGAAAUAAAAGACACCACCUUGAACUCAAUACCAACUCCCUCAAAACAAUCUACAAUGAAGAGAGAUAAUGAAUCACCAGCAACUUUUAGUGGCUCAACAUCUACAAAUGUUCCCGCAAUAGAUGAUGAUAGUGUUGCAGGUGCAACAUUACCAGAUACAAUUCCAACAUCGAAAAAUUAUGAUUCCAGAACUAACAAAACACCAAGCAACACAAAUAAAACGAGCAACAUGACCCCUGCAAAUGGUAUUGCCCAUGACAAAAACAGUAUGUCUAUCAACGAGAAAGUUAAGCAAUCUGAAAGCUCAAACUCCACCAUGCCACAAAAGGAAAAUAUUGACCCUACAAUGGUGAAAUCAUCGAACAUCUCCGGCAACUUGCAUUCUGAUGUGCCCCUAGCAGCAGCAGCAGCCUCUACUGCACUGUACAAUGUUCCAGUACACGCUAAUAACGAUGAAACCGAGAGACAAGCCAAGACAUCUCUGAAUGCCAAUGGUAUCCGUCAUAUUAGUUCACAUAGAUCUCUGCAACCUCCUGCGGCAACACAACAAUUUGGCAGGGACUAUCAACCCGCAGCUAAGCCAAUAACUCCAGCUUCAAGGAGGUAUUCAAGACCUGAUUCACGCAUAUCUAACUCAGGACAAAAUAGUAUGACUUCUUCCAAUAUGUCAGAAGCCUACAGCUCUGACCGUGCCGGUGUAAACCGUCAAAGUUCAACAAGUAACAGUUCACACAAGAAGAAGAAAGGCCUACUACAUAAAUUGAAGAAGAAAUUAUAA